AUGCAGACUGCAUACAUUGAAUACGGGCUGAGCCGACUAUUCGCCAGCGCAAAAGGGCGCGACGCACGCCUCUUCACAAAAGGCUCUGCAUUUUCGCAAAUCUCCAAGCCCAAUAUUGACCUCGCGUCUGACACAGCGUCUGGAUCGCAAUUGCACGUGGACCAGUCGGCUGAAGGGGCCGGUCAAUUCCCCUCGCUCAGCUGGCCCGCCGCAUCCCCCGAUACCAAGGAGUUCCUGCUUGUUAGCGAGGAUCCCGAUGCACCCUUGCCAAGUCCAAUCAUUCACGGCAUCUAUUAUGGCAUCUCGGCCACCACUACCGCGGUCACCAAUGCGGAUUUCGAACUUGAAGAUGCUGGCGAUUAUGCGUUGAAGGGCGGGUUCCGAUAUGGUAAGAAUCGGCGUGGGAAUAUCUACAUCCCGCCUCGACCCUUGCUUGGGCAUGGCGAGCACAGAUAUUUCUUUACCCUGGUUGCCCUGAGUGCGCCGAUUGAUUCGAGUAAAUUGAGUGACUUGCCAACGAUUCAAGAGAUUGCGCAGGCAAUUGAGGGAAAUGUGGUUGGGUGGGGGGAAUGGGUGGGUGUGUAUGAGCGCAAGUGGGAGUGA